GCCCUUUGCAAGGUGUUACCCCUGCCGGGACCCCCGGCUCCGUAGCCGUGAUGGAUCCGAUGGAGCUGGAGCUCUUGUCGAUUGCGUCUCAGUCGCUUCAACCAAUUGCCAGACGCCAUUCAGGCCUCGCCCCAUCCACCUCCAACCUCACCCUUGGCGCAAUGCCUUUCGACCAAAAGGAGCUGGGGCGACACAAACAGCAGCUGCACCGGCGGCACUCCGUUAGUGAGUUCCUACAACAGCAGCAGCAGCAGCAGCAAUGGCAGCGGCAGCUUCCGCAGCAGCAACAACAACAACUCCAUCAACAGGUGCAGCAGCAAUGGAGUGCGCAACAUCUUAAUCAACAGAUUCCCCACUUAUCCAUGUCUAUUAGCGG